UAUUGAACUGAAUUCCCAAGUCUGCAGUUGCAUCCACAUUUGAUAAUUAGCAACCCACGGCUAAAGACUGGUAUGUGGUUGAAAUUUACACUAAAUGUUUGGAAAAGUGUCUGGUUCACAGCAUUUAUUUCCACUGGAUUCUCAAUGGAAGCCCUCUUCGACAAAGUUUAUCUUUCACAAUACCCCCCAGAGUGGUGGAACGAAACCUAUUUGAACAUUGGAAGCCUCAAUGGAUGUUCCCAUUUUUGUAACGUCUUGUGUAUUGGGUUUACGUGGAGCAGAGAGGAAACGCGGUGUUUAAUUUGGAAAGCUUUAGAGAAAAAAUCAUUUCAGCUCGCCACAUCAAAAGAAAACACGAUUCCUGUUUGGUUGAAAAAUGGUACCAAGAGUAAUGUUGAUGGAAUCCUCACAUAUGACAAAACAACCUAUAAAUUUGACCGAUAUAUUCCACCUGAUUUUUGGAGUGGGCAUUCUAUAAAUGUGACAACAUUGCAUCUAGAGAAACCAAUCAUAUUUGGUCAGGGCUCGAAUUGGGAUAUUCUUAUGUGUGACGGUUCCUCUAAAAUGUGCAAAAAGUGGAGUUUUGGAAAUGAGAGCUGGUCGGAUUCAAAUUCACUUCACAAAAGGCAUACUGGUCUAACUGAUGCCAUCGGUUUAAUCGGCCACAGUACGUGGAUAAUUGGAGGAGAGCAUUUCAAUGACAGUUUGAGUGAACAAAUGACUCCAAGCGGCCGAUGGAUCGAGGGGAGAAAACUCCCCUUUGUAAUGUAUCAUUUUGGAAUUGCUCCGAUUGACAAGUCGCACGUUUUGAUUGCUGGUGGUUCAAAAGGACAAUGGAUGAAUGAGAUCAGAAAGCACAAUGUCGAUCUUGGAAACUGGACAACUGUCGGACUUUAUCCAAAUAAAACAUCUUUUCCAGGGUGUGAGAGACAUCAGCUAUUGAAUGGAACUGCCGUUGUAAUGUGUGUUGGUGGGUUGAUCAUCAGCAAAUCUAGCGUGAAAAGUUCCGUGAAAUCAUGCGGCGUAUAUGAUAUUGGCACUGACUCUUGGUCUUUGAUUCCCAAAUGGGACUUACCCGUGGCUUGCUCCCGUCCCCAGAUCCAUGCUGUUGGAAAGAGGCUUUUCGUCUUGGGAGGACACUUUAUGGACGAAGAGCGUGAUCGUGUUUUGGAAUUUAAGGAAGACAAAACAUCAGUGUGGCAAGAAAUGGUCAUCCGUUUGCCAGCGAAAAACUUGGUCAUUAUUCCUUACAAACUAUUAGUUUGGUCACCCAAUUAGGCUUGAUUGAAAUUGGAAUUGGGCACACUCUAUGGCGUGUUUUGUUCCUUUAUAAGAAACACGAGGGUGUACAGGGUGUAAAGAAAUUUAAAGACUUCCAUGGCUGUUUUCACAAUAUUUCUCCUUGCUCGAAGAUUUUUUUGGACAUUAAACCACAAGCAUUCCUCAGGCGGAACUGUUAAGUACAUAGUGGCAUAUUACAAAUGGUCAAACGAUAUCCUAGAGGCGAUGGGUAACCCUCUGAAAGAUUGCCGUCAAAACAAUGUCUGAAAAUGCAAGUGAGCGCAAUCUGAAGGUCAGAACCAAAGCUAAGGGCAUCCUGACAGCCGUCAAAGGCCAAGGGACAUUGACGAGCCUUUCAGUGUUCAUCCACAAACCAUUUGAAAGUGCAGAACAUUAUGCAAAUGCGAUAAAUCCAUUUAGAACAGACCGGACCAAGGGCCGAAAUCUGGAAUUUCAAGAGCCAAUCUUUCGGUGGCCAAACAGCAGAGGAUGACCCAUGUCCUUUAGAGUUAAAUCGGAUCAUUAAUAAUAUGGCACUAGGUAUUUCAAUAAGCCCUUUUGAUGAAAACUGGAGAUUUAAUAUGAUCACAUUAUUCUUUGAGUAAGAGGAAAAAUUUUCAGAAGCCACUAAGAGCCGCCCUUAAUUUCUUACCACCCUGCCAGAGGUUCGAGUGUUUAAAUACCCCGCCUCAGAAUAGAACUGUAAUAUGAUUGGAACAACUUUUUCCAACGACAUUUAUCUGAUUUUUUUUAAGUUCGACAUUAGUAGUUAUGCAGAGAAUAAAGCAAAGUA